AUGGCACCACAACGGAUUCUGCUUGUAGCAUCCCUUGCCGGCUCUAUACUUAGCAGCCAGCAGCUGGUGAAUGCUUUUGUCCCAUCAUCAUCAUCAAAAAGUAGUAGUUGUAUUGGCAGUAGUAGAGGACAAACCAAUUCACAGUUGCAUGCCAAGAAUCACGAUCACUUGUUUUCACAGUCCGUCUACGAUACCAUCGGGGAAGGAAGGAUAGCAGUGAUUCCCAACUUCUUACCACAGGACGAGAUUAUCAAAUUACGAAAUGAUGCUACCAAUCUCCAUGCCAACAGUAAAUUUUCCACAGACGCCUUGGCAUCUUACGGCUCAAAUGGCAAAUUUGAUCCCUCCAAAGACCGGGCAGUCCUAAAAUUGCAACAAUGGAAGGAUCAAGGAAUUGGAGACUGGACGAUUCGAGAGCGAUUUGGGAACCGAAUGAAGAAUCUACGAGAGGACUUGGCCUACAAUUUAAACCGACCGGAAAUGCUCGUGGGGGAUUCGGUUACAAAGUAUGGCGAUGGAUCGACCGAAAUUAGUUACACAAGAUUUGGUCCUGGAGCCUUUUUGAAGCGUCACGUCGAUGAGCAUCACGAAGAAUUAAAGGGCAAGGCAGGCUGGUCCAAACCAACCAGGCGUAGCAUGACAUGGUUGAUCUACCUGAAUGAUGAUUGGGAUGCCAAUCAACAUGGUGGAUGUCUGCGUUGCUUUGAGCGAAGGACCCUCCCCGUGGCCAAGACGGGAGCACGGGGGAGCGGAGACUUGCAAAUUGGAUGGCUCAAGGCUACUACUGCAGGUGGAAGAGAACAACCAGUUUUCAUGGAUGCUCAGCAUUCGGGAACAAAUGGCGCCAAUUCCGGGUUGUGUGCCUUGUACAUUGAUGAUGCAAGUGCAUCAGAAGGAGGAAGACAAUACAUUUCCAAACCAUUUCAUUCCCAUCCAACCUUGUACAUUGGCGGAUCCGAGCUACUUGUUCAAAACACGCUGAUGAAUAACAAAGACUUGGCACAGCGUUUCCGGUUGAUUGAGCAACCCAAAUCGGCCGUCACUGACUUUUUGCAAUCACAAGAAUCUGUGGAAGAAAGAAUACUGGACGUCGAACCAAUGGGAGGCACUCUAGUGCUUUUUGAUUCCGUAACUCUCCCACAUGCCGUCUUGCCAACCACGACGAGAGAACGAUGGGCAGCAAGUGGAUGGAUGCACGAAGAUCAGCAACCAGUAGAAACCCAUCCACAUUUCAACAUGUCAUAA